AUGCCUAGCCGUGUUUCAUUGGAGUUGAAGCUGGUCGUUGAUCCCUGGGUUAUCAAGAAGACGAUCGAGACAAGCGAUCUCGGGGAUUUGUCGAGGCUCUUGUUGGCAAGGGAUGGGGUGAAGAAACAUAUCUUGCCCCAGUGGGAUGCAAAUCGCAUUGAAAGCUUACAUGAAGGGGUGCAAGUUUGUGUUUGGGAUCGUGAUACCAAGUCUGAACAUCAAUUGGUAUUCAAACGAUGGCCAAGUAAUGGGAGUUAUGUUCUCAUUGGAAAAUGGAAAAAGGAAUUUGUGGAGAGGAGGGUCCUGAACAAGGGUGACGAGAUUGGACUUUAUUGGGAUCAAACCAAUUCAAGAUUUAAUUUUAGGAUUCUCAACCGGGCUUGA